GUUUUAAGUCCAAAUCUUAUUUAGUGUUGCAAUUGCACGUCCAUUUGCAUCAAAAUCAAUCAUUUUUGUUGAGCCUUUGAGAGAGUAAAGUUACCGAAUCACAGCGUCGCAAAAUGUUCAAGAGCGAUUUGGGCAUUAGAGGUUAUUUCCACUUACAAAAAUUUACCUUCCAUCGCCUCGGCAUAGAUAUGACGAAUAGAAGUGCUCGGGUGACCCAAAUAUAUUUUUUGACUCUACAAAUCAUCGCUUUGAGCACCAUUCUAAUUCCAUUUGCGGUUUAUAGUUGGCAACACAUGCAGGAGAUUGUCGAGGUAACCAAUGCAAUGGCGCCUUUUAUGCAGGCUACCAUAUCGCUUUGGAAGAUUUGGCGAGUCAUUUAUAGACGUAAGCAAAUGGCGGAAAUGGUAGAGAAUAUUUAUAUGAUAUCGGCCAAAGCCUCGACUAAGGAGCUAGCUCACUUGAUUCAGGAGAAUAAUCGCGAGCGGCUAAUGAAUACCGCUUACUACUACUCGGUAUUGAUUACUGGCAUGCUGGCGCUCACAGCUCCCGUUCUGGUCAGCUUCAUACAGUAUCUGCGCUUCGGCGAAUUCAGUUAUAUUGUGGUGCUCAAGGGCACCUAUCCGAUCGAUUAUGCGCGCCCACUAAACUACUUUCUGAUAUGGCUGUGGAGCGCAGCCGCAAUCUAUGGCGUUAUUUAUGGCUCAGUCUCUGUGGAUAGCCUCUACUCUUGGUAUAUACACAACUUAGUCGGAAACUUUAAGAUACUUCAGUCGAAAUUGGUCACAGCCGAGUGGGCAACCGAUUUGAGUGAACGUCGCGAAGAGAUUUAUUAUUGUAUUGCGUAUCAUCAGCGCAUUAUUGCGAUGACCGAGCAAUUUAAUAUUAUUUAUCAGCCUAUAGUUUUUGUGCAAUUCUCACUUAACGCCUUGCAGAUCUGUUUUCUAGCCUAUCAGAUUGGCAGCGGUGUUGUGGACACGGUGGAUUUACCAUUUCUAUUCUUGUUCAUGAUUUCGGUGGGCAUACAGCUGAUGAUCUAUUGCUAUGGCGGUCAGCAUUUGCAGAAUGAGAGCGUAAAUGUUUCGAAGUCCAUUUAUCAGACUAUAAACUCGGCGUCCUGGCCGAACGAGCUUCGUAAAGUUCUGUUAAUCUCGAUGAUGCGCGCACAGAAACCCAGCAAACUGACUGGCAUAUUUUUCGAUGUUGACUUGCCGCUCUUUUUAUGGGUUUGGCGCACUGCUGGUUCUUAUGUGACUCUCUUGCGAAGUGUGGAGCAGAAAACUAUGUGAAAAGUGAGGGUUGAGAGAAGAGAAUAUUUGAGUACUUUGUUUAAGUGCUCACGAAGUUUUUAUUUAUUUAGUCAGCGUAGCGUUUAGCCGUACUUUAGUAAAAGCUAUACUUAGCGCGUCCUUUCACUAAACUAGUCACUUAGUAACAUAAAUAAUAUAGUAGUAUUUCCUUAGCUUCCUUGAAUACAUUGUACCUUAGAAAAAAAUUUUGAAUAAAUCGUUUCAAC